AUGUUCCCAACCUUUACGGGAAACUCGAGACGUCCACGAAACGUCAAUCUUAGCGGGCAAAAGAGCGAUCCAUUUGCUGGGACAGCCUGGGGCUCGGCCGCCACGAGCGGUCCUUCCAAGUCUGUCUCAGAAGCGCAGGCAGACCGACAGAGGAGGCAACGUGAAAGAGACAGGCUCAAGGCAGCACAAAAGAUACAGAGGCUAUGGAGAGGUCAUAGGGAGCGCCAGGCCGUGAGGACCACGCGCCGGCAAGCCUUUGAUGCCCUCUUUACAGACGAGGCGCUGGCAGAGAACCCGGAAGAGAGACUGCAGCGGGCAUUCCCAUUACUUCUAGAUGUAUACAACCUCUCCAGGGACGAUGAUUACCAACGUCUUUGCAUUCUUUCACCAGAUUUGCUUAGGGUCGACCACAUACUCUCCACCCCGGACCUUCAGUCAAGACACAGGCUCAAGCGGCUUGUCGGCAUCAUUGUCACAUCUUUGAACCGGAAGAAAGAUGACGAUGACCGGAGCAACUUGUUGCUGAGAGUUCUGGUUCGGAUAAUCGAAUCACAGCCAUCCUUGGCUCUUGAUCAUGUUGACUCUUACUACAAGGUUCUAGCAACACUUUGUCGUCAGGCCAUUGAUACAGAUCCGACUGAGAAAGAUCUUCUACAGCGUGCCAUCACUGCACCACUGAUAGACGGUGCCGGUAGACCAGGUCCCGAAUCACAAGUGGUAUACAGCGCUUUUGUUCUUGGGUUUCUCACGGAACCAGACCUGGCACUCAUUGAACAGGAUCCAGCUCUCAUUGGGAACAGGGUUGAUCCUAUCAAACUCUCAUCGGCAGUCCUAGACGCCUCGAUUAAAGCUACGGCUGCUGGCGUCUCCAAAAAGGGCUUGCUGUGGCUUCUUGCACAUUUUAUUGACCUGCAACGUACUCAGUCACGAGCAAAUCGCAGUUUCACUGAUAUCAAAGCCAUGUACAAUCUUCUAAGCAGCCUGGCCAGCACAAUCAACACCCGCCUGGGUGCUAGCUCAUCUACUACCGUUUCCGGUAGUGGCAAUGAUAGCGAUUCGGAAGAAUCUCGUCUGCCAAACCACGUCACUAAAAAUCUACUAUCACUGGUCGACAGAAAGGAGGUCUCUAGCCUCUUGGAAAAAUUCGCUGCUAACUACGCCGAAACAUCAUCAUCUGGGGCCGUGCAAGACGCCAGUGUUUUGGCCGGCUACAUAUUGGUGCUUAUUCGGUCUUUUCCAAAUAAAAGUGAUGACAUUCGAAUGCGACUUUACUUGGCCGACUUUCCAUGCCAGGCUGGCAAGUUACCCGCCAUCAAGUUGUUCUGGGACGCGGCUGUCAAGACUCAAGUUUUCAGCCGCAUCAUAUCAAACGAGAACUCGACGCUCAACUUCCUCCUUCAACGUAACUAUUUCCAAUCAUCUUCGGCAACCGGCAGCGACUCUACCUGGGACUCUGAGUGGCGGACAGUUCUUCUCUUCUUAGAACUCUACGUCUUUAUACUGAGGCUCACAGAUGACGAGGACUUCUUCAAUGGACUAACCGGACGAAGUCUGAAUACGAAGCCGGCCUCACGUGUCAGUUACUGUACUCUGCCACUAGAAGAUUUGAAGAAACUCUCACUGUUUCUCAAAAAUCUCGGGUUUACUCUGUACAACAAUGCGGCUGAACUCCUGAGGGCGGACAGUACGACCAGCAGGCCUCGCCCCACGACGGAUCAAACGUUCAGCCAAUCUGCUUCCAACUCCAAAUCACGUCGCCCUGACCCACCAAGCUUCAGCGUGAUAUCGGGGAUAGACUAUGGGGAAUUCAAGAAAAUAGUCCUCACGGCUGUGCGUAUGCUGUAUGAGCGCGAUUCAAGGCGUUCGUUCUUGCCGUCUGGUCAUUGGCUGAUGACGUCGAGAUUCGACAUGGAUGGUUUUACCGCGGCGGUGGUUAUGGAAGAACAGAGACAGCACGAGUUGCGGGAGAACAGCAGUGAUGACGAAGAGGACGACGACGACGACGAGGUCGAAAUGCCAACUGCUCCCCCAUCACAACCAGUGGCGCAGACAUGGGCCGGUCAGCGUCGAUCGCGGCACGCUGCAGUAGAAGAGUACCGGAGCCGACAGCAGAAGGUGGCGAAUGCCAGGAUGAGAGAGUUCUUGGCACCAAAGCUGGAAGUGCUUCGAAACAUGCCGUUUUCUAUUCCUUUCGAAACCCGCAUACGAAUCUUCCGGGAUUUUGUGCAUCUUGACAAGGAGAGGAGGCGCAAGGGGCACGUCGAUCCAGACCAGUGGCGUCAUCACAUGAUGACGGCAGACGGGUUCUCGAACCCUUUCGAGGCAAACCAUCCAGGAGGAGCCAUCAGCAAGCAUCAUGCAAAGAUCAGCCGCGGCAGCAUGUUCGAUGACGCCUUUGAACAGUUCUGGGGUCUAGGGCAAGGGCUAAAGGAGCCGAUACAAAUCACGUUUGUGGACCAAUUCGAUACCGUCGAGGCCGGAAUUGAUGGUGGCGGUGUGACCAAGGAGUUCCUGAUCAGUGUCACCACUGAGGCUUUCAGUAGUAAACACAACCUGUUCGUCAGCACGAAGGAAAACGCGCUCUAUCCGAACCCUUCCUCGCUGGACCAGCUCCAGGACUCGAUGAGGAGGUCGGGUAUAUCUGAAGGCGGGGACGAGUGGAGGUUGAAUAUAAGAAAGCUCCUAGCACACUACGAGUUUCUCGGUCGGAUCGUUGGAAAAUGCAUGUACGAAGGCAUUCUUGUCGACAUUGCCUUUGCGGGGUUCUUUUUGCUCAAGUGGUCUGCGGCGGCUACUGACCACGGCUACCGAGCCAACGUCAACGACCUUCGGGAGAUGGAUGAAGAGCUGUAUCAAGGUCUUUUGCGACUCAAGAGCAUGGACGAUGUCUCGCAGCUGGGACUGGACUUUACAGUAACGGACCAAGUCUCCCUUACCGAUGAUAGAACAGUCACCGUGACGAGAGAGCUGAUACCCAACGGCAAGAACAUCACCGUGACCAAUGAGAAUCGACCUCUUUUCAUCUCAUACAUGGCAAGGCACCGACUCGUGACGCAGUCAUACCAGCAAACACAAGCCUUUCUGAGGGGUCUUGGCACCAUUGUGUCUCCGUCAUGGCUGUCCAUGUUUAACCAGACGGAGCUGCAGUGGCUUGUGGGCGGAGAGCAAUCGGAGAUCGAUGUCUACGACCUACGCAGGCAUACUACGUACAACGGCGUCUAUACCAUCGGGGACGACGGAGAGGAGCACCCCACGGUCAAGUUGUUUUGGCAGGCAAUGCACGAGUUUCAAGACAGCGAGCGGCGCGACGUGCUCAAGUUCGUGACUUCGACGCCCCGUGCGCCUUUGUUGGGCUUCUCGCAGCUGGUGCCUUCCUUUACCAUUCGGGAUGGCGGGUUGGAUCUGACGAGGCUUCCAAGCGCAAGUACCUGUGUCAAUCUGAUGAAGCUGCCACAGUAUCAGACACUGGAGCAGCUCAAGACCAAGCUGAAAUAUGCGAUAUCAUCAAAUGCUGGGUUUGAUCUCAGUUGA